GGCAGAAUGUGCCUCGCCCCUUCGCUCUUCCCUCAUGCCCGUAUGGGGAGGAGCCGGCGCUGGCCUAGUGAUGGCGGACGAUGGGGAUGGGAAACUAAGAACUGAGGGUAGCAGCGGCGGCCUGGGAGGUGGGGGCGCCGAGGAGCCGCCCGCGGCGGCGGGGGGAGGCUGGGCGGCGGGCGGCGGGAUGCUGCUGAACGUGGGGCUAUUGGUGCUGGUGCUGCUGGCGGCCUAUCGGCUCUAUCUGCGCUGGGGCAAGCGGAACGGCCCGGGGGGCGCGGCCCAGCAGAGCCAGGCCGCCUCCCUGCCCCGCAUGAAGCGGCGGGACUUCACGCUGGAGCAGCUGCACGAGUACGACGGGGCCCGCACCCCUCGCAUCCUGCUGGCCGUCAACGGCAAAGUCUUCGACGUGACCAAAGGCGGCAAGUUCUACGGGCCUGAGGGCCCAUAUGGAAUAUUUGCUGGAAGAGAUGCUUCAAGGGGACUAGCAACUUUUUGUCUAGAUAAAGAUGCACUCAGAGAUGAAUAUGACGACCUAUCAGACUUAAAUGCUGUACAAAUGGAAAGUGUUAGAGAAUGGGAAAUGCAAUUUAAAGAAAAAUAUGACUACGUAGGUAGACUUCUAAAACCAGGGGAAGAACCAUCAGAAUAUACAGACGAAGAGGAUAUCAAGGAUCACACUAAACAGGAUUGAACUUUGUAAACAACCAAAGUCAGGGGCCUUCAGAACUGCAACCUCUUUCCCCCAUCACAGAAUGUCCUGCAUCUUUGGGUACAGUUCAUCUGCUGCAAAAAAAACAUUCAACAGGUUUUGUACAAGGAAAAUAACACAAUGAAGAUUGGAAUAUUAGGUAUUUAUGCUGCCAUACUUUUUUGUUGCAGUUUAUUUGUAAUGUGUGGUAAGGCUUCAUUAAUGAGGAGGGGCCAAAGAGGUAAAAGGCAAAAAAAAAAAAAACACCUAAACAAACCCCAAACCCUUACUCUUACCAGUAAGAUGAAGCCUUCACAGUCCACACUUACAGGCUCUUGAAGCAAGUUAAGAAAAUGAGGGUUGAGUCUUGUUUCAUGUUUUCUCCUUGAGCAUUAACGAUAUUUACGCAUGCACAUCAAUACUAGAAAUCUGGGCUACCGAAUCUAGUGUUAGUGUGAUAUUUUUCCCCCCUUCCUCCCCAAAUUCUUGUAUGUGGGCAAUAGUAGCCCUGACAGAGGGGAAAAACCUUCAGUUCUCUUGGCAUAAGUUGCAGAUUUGAAGGAUGUACAAGGAUCUGUCUGUCAAAAGGAUCUGGAAAAACUUAUUUCUCUGCAACAUCUAUCAGCUGAAGCCUGCUUUUUACCCUUGCCCUUCCCCUAAAUCAAUAUUAAUUGUGCCUUAUUUCACUUAAAUAGACUUGAAUUGUUUUAAGGGAAAGCCCCCCAAUAUGUGAUUUCAAAGUCACUACAAGCACCAUUGAGACUGAAGUUAGAAUGUUCUGUUGACUGGUAAACCUUGAUGUCAUUCUGUAUAUAGAAUGGAAAAGGACUGCUCAGUGUUACUUACCAUAUUGUUAAUAUACAUAAACUGAAUUAGCAUUGAUGGCCAAAUGCAUUCCCCAUGCUUUUUUAAAUUAAACCACCCCACACUAUGCCCCCCCCAAUUUUUUGGGAGCCUAGCCUUCACAACACAAUAGUGAGGGUGUGUGUGAGUGUGUGCGUCUAUGGGUGGGUGUCUGACUGCAAGGCUUGGGAGGGUUUGUUUCUGCAGAGACUGUAAAUACAAGUACCAUUUUAAUAAAGCAUGUACAAUACUGAA